AUGACUGCCAACUCCGAGCAAAAAACGCCGAGGGUGGCGAGGGCUCUGCAUACGGACAAACCGACAUCCAACCGAUUUCCAGGUGACUUUCGUCUCAAAAUUGAGACAUGGCGCGAGGCCACUCGCUCGAUGCAGGAUUCGACACGCCCGCCUCUUCCCAUCCUCAAAAAACAAGGCAGUGCCAUGCCGUGCCCCAUUUCACCCCUCUCUCCUCCCCCCGAUACCACCUCCUUUCACGGAUUGCCCGUAUCCAUGCCCGUCCGAUUGGAUAUUGUACCGUCGCCCAAUCACCACAUUCCGCUCCGAAACAUCACCAAUGCAGGCGCCAUGGCAAAGGCAUUGCGGCAUUUUCUCCAUUGGUGCACUGCGGUCGGUGGAUGCGAUUGCCUCCGCGAUGCUCAGAGAUUAGCAUCAGCUGCAAGCGAGAAAUACCACCGCCUCGCCGACCUCCAGCCAAUUGGGGUCAAACAUUGA